UUCACUGCAUCCAAAGCGAAAGUAAAGAUCCGGCCAAACUUGAAACUUGCUAACUUGAAGGACAUAUAUAUUUAUUGGAAAUUUUUAAAUGGCAAAAAACCUGAUACAAGUAAUAAUUGCGGGAGGAAGAGUGGUGGGUCAGGCGUUUACAAGGGCACUAAAACAGGAGUAUGAGGCGAGUCAGAGAGCUGCUCAACGUGCAGGGGGAGGUAAUCAGGGAAGGAAGAGUGCGGCUAAUGAUACAUUCACCGGCAUGUCUUUACAGGAAGCCAAGGAGAUACUGAAUGUUUCGGAUAUCACAGAUGCAGAGGCAAUACAGAAAAGUUAUGACCAUUUAUUUGGGGUAAAUGAGAAGUCAAAAGGAGGCUCAUUUUAUUUACAAUCAAAGGUUGUUCGAGCAAAAGAAAGACUAGAUAUAGAACUUCAAUCUCAUUCAAAGCAAAAAAGGACAGAUCAGCCACCCGAUACUUGACACCAUUCUCUGCGAUAUAGUUAUCAUUAGGCAUUUCAUUUUUGAAUUCACUGGGAACAAUGACAUAUUCACCAGUUCUGCACAUGGCAACAUCUGAUCUAAAAAUAACUUGUGUCAUUGUUCUAAGAAUAGCGCAUGUGAUAUCUUCUAGCUGCUAAUAAUUUUUUUUUUUUUGGAUAAAAAACAGACCGUAACAAAAUUUUUCUGUUUUUGAAUCUUGGUUGGAUUAUCCUGCAUCAGCAUAUAGAAAAUUUAUUAAUUUGAGAAAAUAAGACUGUUUUAAAAUUAAGUUAUAAUACAUGGACACAUCAUUCUGUGAUCAGCAUUUAGAGAAUUUCAAUGUUUAAAGGGGCAUGCCUCUAGAUUUCUCUGUAAUAUAAAAAAAAAUAAUAUGAGACUGCACACCAAACAUCGUAAAUGAGUAUUAUGCAAGUUGAUGAUUUACAAGUAUAAUACAAAGUACAGUUAAAUAUCUUCUAUUUGACAUCACAUUUGCUUUUCUACGUAUUUUACAAAGUAUGUGUGUUAUUUAUAAACCAGUGAUAUUCAAAAAUUCUCACAGAAUCACUUUAUUUUUACUUUUUUAACAUGAAUUCAAGGUAAGUCUGGAGGCGAGCCCCUUUAAUGUACAAGAUAUCACAUUAUAUAUAUAAUGUUUUAAAUUAGUCUAUGUAAAUAAAGAUGAACUAUUUCGA